GGGAGGCGAGCUCGGGCCAAUCGGGGAAGGGUUUGGUCGGCGGUGUGGCGGCUGGCGGAGCGAAUGGGCGGCGGCGGUGCUGGCGGUGACGUCAGCGGAGCCAGGGCGAGCGCUCCAUGUGAGGUUGGCGCACACGCUCGCCGGUGCCUGACGUCAGGGGCGGAGAGCGGGGGCUGAGCCGGAGCGGGCGGCGAGACGAGCGGCGGAGCCGGGCUCGGGGAGCUGUGGUGCGUGUGAGUGUGAGCGAGUGAGGGGGGCCCAGUCUCUCACUCCCCGUCUCUCUCUCUCUCUCUCUCUCCCCCCGCCGAGCGCAGCUGGAGCAGCAGCACCAGAAGAAAAUGGCGGACGACCCGACCGCAGCCGACAGGAACGUGGAGAUCUGGAAGAUCAAGAAGCUCAUCAAGAGCCUGGAGGCCGCCAGAGGGAAUGGCACCAGUAUGAUUUCGCUCAUCAUUCCUCCCAAAGACCAGAUCUCACGAGUAGCAAAGAUGUUGGCGGAUGAGUUUGGCACUGCUUCAAACAUCAAAUCUCGAGUGAAUCGUCUGUCUGUACUGGGAGCCAUUACGUCUGUGCAGCAGCGUCUUAAACUAUACAACAAAGUACCACCUAAUGGUUUGGUUGUCUACUGUGGAACAAUUGUAACAGAAGAAGGCAAAGAAAAGAAAGUUAACAUUGAUUUUGAGCCCUUCAAACCAAUUAAUACAUCGUUAUAUCUCUGUGACAACAAAUUUCAUACGGAGGCUCUUACUGCACUUCUGUCAGAUGACAGCAAGUUUGGGUUCAUCGUAAUUGACGGUACUGGAGCUUUGUUUGGUACUCUACAGGGAAACACACGAGAAGUACUACACAAAUUCACAGUGGAUCUACCAAAGAAGCACGGCAGAGGAGGGCAGUCUGCCCUGCGUUUUGCUCGCUUACGAAUGGAAAAGAGGCAUAACUAUGUACGGAAGGUAGCAGAGACAGCUGUACAGCUCUUCAUCAGCAGUGACAAGGUGAACGUGGCAGGUCUUAUCCUGGCAGGAUCAGCUGAUUUCAAAACUGAGCUCAGUCAGUCCGACAUGUUUGAUCCGCGAUUGCAGAGCAAAGUACUGAAACUGGUGGACAUCUCCUAUGGAGGUGAGAAUGGUUUUAAUCAAGCAAUUGAGCUGUCAGCUGAGGUCUUGUCCAGUGUGAAGUUCAUUCAGGAAAAGAAACUAAUAGGGCGAUACUUUGAUGAAAUCAGCCAAGAUACAGGGAAGUACUGCUUUGGAGUAGAUGACACACUUAAAGCACUGGAGAUGGGUGCAGUUGAAAUCCUGAUAGUUUAUGAAAAUCUGGAUAUUAUGCGAUACGUACUCCGCUGUCAUGGCACAGAAGAAGAGAAAAUCUUGUAUUUGACUCCUGAACAAGAGAAGGAUAAAUCCCAUUUCACGGACAAAGAGACUGGCCAGGAACAUGAGCUCAUAGAAAGCAUGCCCCUCCUAGAAUGGUUUGCCAACAACUACAAAAAAUUUGGAGCUACACUGGAGAUCGUUACAGACAAAUCGCAGGAAGGUUCCCAGUUUGUGAAAGGCUUUGGUGGGAUUGGUGGUAUUCUGCGAUACCGUGUGGACUUUCAAGGAAUGGAGUACCAGGGAGAUGAAGAAGACUUUUAUGACCUGGAUGACUACUAGGUAGUCUGGAAUAGGUCUGGUUACAGGUGCCUAACCCUCCAGCAUCCAACCCAAGAAGUGAAGAUCCACAACAGAAUAAUCAAUCCCUGCCUUAGAACAGACAUUAUCACAACUUGUGAUAUUCUAAAUACAUUGGAGAUGGUGAAUUUAAAAAAAAACAAAUAACACGCAUAGAUUUGUCAUAGUGUCAAUACAGCAGCAACACCAAACUACUGUUCUUAAUGCCAGUUUGGACUAAUCUUUUGAGAAAUGUUUUUUUAAUUUUUACUUCAAUGGGAUUUUUGUUGCUGUUGUAUUUUAUGAAAUUGAAACAUUUUUUACCUCCAUAUGUAGAGGCAAAUAAUAAAAAUGGAAUGCUAUUGAAUUUCAUUUCUGCAGGCUGAAUGGAUAUGAGCUCUGUUUUCCCCCUUGGAAAAGAAUUUCUAUAUUAAAACAUAUGGAUAUCUUGACCAACUUGUGUACUGAAUGACCCCGUUUACAUGGGCACCACUAAAAAUGGUUGUACCUGAAGGGGGAGAGUGAAGAAUAUGCCUUUUGCUAUGUAAAUGAUUAAUGUUAAUCUCCAGAUUAAAGUAGUGGGGAUAAAUUUUCAAUUUUGCAUUUUUUGGAGGUGGUGGGGGGGGGGGGGGUGGUUGUCUUCUGACUUUGCAGAGGAAGCAGGAAAGAAUCCCACAUGCCUUUUAUUAAGAAUUAAUAUAUAUUGGGGAGGCUUGAGCACAACUCUGAGUUUGCUAGGUUUCACCAGAUAUGUCCUAGUGAUAACUACUGUCAUAGAUACUCAAUCCUUGGGCAAGUUUCAUACCUGCAGUGGUAUUGAUAGUUUAGACAAGAGUUCCCAUUCUUGUGGGUGCAAAAGCCACUAAGCUUCAACUUUGGUUUAGAUCUGGGUGAAGGUGUAUUAUGUUAAUAGGAUCUGCUCCAUAUUGGGGUUUAUUUGUUGCUACAGCAUGGACUUGAACUGGAUGCACCCUAGCAUUCAUGCUGCAGGACACAACCUCUGCAGACUGUGUCAGAAAAUUGAUGGGUCCUUAUUUGUUCGAAACAAUCCCAAAUUCUAGCAAACUCAGCCAGCCACUGUCACCCUUUCAUGAAAUUCUGGUAUCACACAUCUGUUGGGGUUUUCUUGGAGUGGAAGGAGGCUCUCACCUUAAACCUCUGGUGCCUACUCUGAUUCAGCCUACUAGUUGGCAUAGCGCAAGGAGAUGGUUUCUUUCCCUCUCCAUUACUUGAGAUUAUCAGGAAUUUUUUUACCAUCUGUUGACAGGUAAAAAUAGAACAUUAAAACUGCACAGAAAGAGGUCAUAUUAGUACAAAGGGAGUGCUUUGAACAUUGGCAUUGGGCUGGAGCUGUAUUAAAUUGUUGAAUAUGCAUUGAUUGAGAAAAUCAAUGGGGAACAAAUUUCAAAUGAGCCUUGUUAAAUAGCUAAUUCACUGAAAUCAAAAUGGUUGCAGUCUAACAAAUUUCUUGUCGUGCCUGAAGCAAUCUCGUUAAUAAACUGAGGUGAACAUUAGGAUUAUUAAUUGGAUUGCAUCUCAUGUCGAACAUUUAAGUGCUCAAAAGUGGAAUAAGUUUGUAAAUUAGUGGUGUGACCAGUUACUGUACACUUUUGCAUCACAAGCAGCAUAUAGUGCAAGCAGUCACUAAGGUUGGAAUUAAUCAACCCCAGUUCUUCUAACCAGUGCAGACCAAAAGGAAAGCAAUGAUUUUUUUUAAUAUAUAAUCAACAUGGUUGUGAUUAUGUUGAAAUCUGGUAUUUAUGAAAUAAUGUGGGAAGAUGGGUCCUGAUUGUACAGAUAACAACAACAACACAUCAUCUUCAACUCCUUACUUGGUUUGAAUGUGUAUAGUGCAGUUCACAAGCCACUAAUAUCAGGCUCUGAUCUGACACACAUCUAAUGCAUAGCACCAUUGCCAUUAAUUAGCAAGACCUUCCUAUUCCAUAUGAGCAGUGACCUGUGCUACUUUGUAGUGCUAUCAGAUUCUGCACAGAUCCCAAAAUCUUUAAGUAGAUGUAUGUUUAAUUUAGCACAGUUAUACACAAAGUUGUCAAUUUAAAACUAGUAUACCACUACACUUCUGUUCACCAUUAAGAUUAGAAUGUUUUCAAAAACUCCAAAUACUGAAAUCUGUUUGCAGCUUCUGAAAUAUUUUUCUGUCAAAAUAUCCAAAAAUGUUUUUGUUUCCGAGCAGUCAAAAUUUCUCAUGCUGAAUAUAUAAAGUAGAAUUAAGAUUUUCCAAAUAUUGUAUGGUAUUCAUGAAAUGAUUGCAAUUGUUUUUUUUCAUUUUGGCCUCUGAGGUUUCAGUGCUUAAAGGAUUUGUGUAGAACUCACGUUGAGUUUGUGCACACUUGCAAUGUUCUUCUAUUUGUCCUCCCCAGUCCCUGUCCAAAAGGGAGAAUUGUGGUGGACCAUGCUUUCAGCACUGGAUUGUGCAAACUGUGUAAAUGGGGCCAUUUUGAUACAUAAAACAAGGAUAUAUAUAAAUAUAUAUAUUUACAUUUUCAAAUAGCCCACUGCUUGGUAUAAAAAGUAUGCAUUGGAAAGUAUGCAGCUCUUUUUGUAGUUUUAAUGUUUACUAUUUAAGUUUGGAAAUGAUGCCAAAAUGUGUUGUUUUUUUUUGUAUUCCUUUGACCAAUGUAUUCUCCAGAAAUGGAAGUGAUCGUUGAAUUCACAGAAAGGGGUAGAUUUCAGCUUUUAUGCACUACAGCCUCUGCAGAAAGGUCCCAAGCAGCAACUUGGCGUUGUGAUGUACAGAAAUGGAGAAGAGUAUUAAAACCAUAUUUAAGAAUA